AUGGCCGUAUUCCACGACGAGGUGGAGAUCGAGGACUUUCAGCAUGACGAGGACUCGGAGACGUAUUUCUACCCCUGCCCGUGUGGGGAUAACUUCUCCAUCACCAGGGAAGAUUUGGAGAACGGAGAAGACGUGGCAAUGUGUCCUAACUGCUCUCUUGUGAUAAACGUGAUUUAUGACAAGGAUCAGUUCAUGUGUGGAGAAACAGUCCUAGCCCCUUCAAGCAACAAAGAACUAGUUAAAUGCUGAAGAAGCCUUCAGAAAUUCAAAUCCAGAGUAACUGAAUGGAAACUGCAAGUGAAAUGGCCCUGGCUUUCCAGUGAUGAGUGCUUUAUGAUGUGCUAUUCUGUUGGAGUGUGGAUCUGUUCAUCAACUGCUGUGUUUGUCUUCAGAAAGAGAAGCAAGGGCCUGGGGAGAUAGCUCAGUAGCAUGAGUGCCUGCCUGGCAAGCGCAAGGUCCUGAGUUUGAUCCCCAGUACUGGAAAAAAAAAAAAAAAAAAAUCUACCAGAAAAGAGAAGCAAGCCCAUAACGUCAUCUGGAUUUCAUGCUUAGAACUUUUAAAUUGUUAAUUGCCCAUCUGAA